AUGGAGGUGCAGUCCUACUACACCAAGCUGCUGGGGGAGCUGAACGAGCAGCGCAAGCGGGAUUUCUUCUGCGACUGCAGCAUCAUCGUGGAGGGCAGGAUCUUCAAAGCCCACAAGAACAUCCUGUUCGCCAACAGCGGCUACUUCCGAGCGCUGCUCAUCCACUACAUCCAGGACAGCGGGCGGCACAGCACGGCCUCGCUGGACAUCGUCACCUCCGAGGCUUUCUCCAUCAUCCUGGAUUUCCUCUACUCCGGGAAGCUGGAUCUGUGCGGGGAGAACGUGAUCGAGGUGAUGUCCGCCGCCAGCUACCUGCAGAUGACCGACGUGGUCAACUUCUGCAAAACCUACAUCAGGUCCUCCUUGGACAUCUGCAGGAAAAUCGAGAGGGAAGCGGCUUUUUACCAGGCUGACAGCGGCAGCUCAGCCAGGGAGGGCACCUCCCUGGGCUCCAAGAGCUCUGCCUCCGUGUCCUCCCUGCAGGAGAAGGAGAGGAUCCCGGGGUGCCAGCAGGACCCUCCCUGCGGGGACUGCAGCAGCUGCCACCCCCUGGAGCUGGUGGCCAGGGACCCUCUGAGCAGCGACUCCCCCGAUGGCUCCUCGCUGCCCCAAGGGGUGCAACCCAAGGUGGAAUUCGACCCCGACGAGGUGGAGGUGGAGGUGGGCGAGCGGCUGCCGCAGUAUCCCACGCCGAUAUCGCUGGAGCAGAUGGAAGAGGGGCAGCCCGUGGAGCUGUGCAAUAAUUACCACAUGAAGCAGUUCCUGGAGGCUCUGCUGCGCAACAGCUCGGCCCCGAGGAAGGAGGACGUGGUGCAUCACUUUGUCCGGGGAUUUGAGGGUAGGGCUGAGGAUGCAGGAGUAGCCGUGAGCUCCAUGAUGGACAUUCACAGCGACUGGUAUGGUGAGGACACAGGUGAUGUGCUGGUGGUGCCCAUCAAGCUGCACAAGUGCCCGUUCUGCCCUUACACGGCCAAGCAGAAGGGGAUCCUCAAGCGCCACAUCCGCUCUCACACCGGGGAGAGGCCGUACCCCUGCGACACCUGCGGGAAACGCUUCACGCGCCAGGAGCACCUGCGCAGCCACGCGCUCAGCGUCCAUCGCUCCAACAAACCCAUCAUCUGCAAGGGAUGCAGGAGAACCUUCACCAACAGCUUGUCCCAGGGGCUGAGGCGCUUCGGGCUCUGUGACAGCUGCACCUGUGUCACCACCACCCACGAGGACUCCGUGCCCAUCAACCUCAGCCUGGUGGAAACGGCCUCGGAAGGGCAGGAAAAAGGGGAUGCUGACAAUGAUUGGCCCAUCUAUGUGGAGUCUGGAGAGGAAAACGAGCCAGCUGAGGAUGAUGAUGGUGAUGACAAGCAGGAAAUUCACCGGAGUUUGUCGGACAGAGAGACUUUGAUGUAGCAGUGAGAGGGGAGGGGGAGCACUGAGAGGUUUCCUGAUGAUGUUUGUGACAGAAAACUGCACAUUUGCUCAAUCAGUGACACUGUGCUGGGUUCUAUUAUUCUGUUUUUUAAUUAAAUCGCGGGGAGAAUUGGAAUUUUUUAAUACUUUUUAAGUUUUUAGUGCUGUGCACCAGAAAUCUGUGAAGAAUCUUCUGUCUGGGGCUCACAGAGGUUGGACUUGAGCAGUUUCUCUGCCUCCUGGUUUUGGUUUUGCAGGUGGAACACCUCUGGGUUGUUUUGGGGACAGGUUUCUUCUAAAUAAUGACUCAUCGUCCUUAAUCCCAGAUCUGAAAGGGGCACCACCUUUUCUCUGAAGAUGACAUGAAAUGUGGUUUACAUCUCUUACCUUGGGAGUUGUCCAAGCUAAUCUGUAAUCCUUCUGUUUAAGGACAGUGUUAUCUAAAUUAUGAACCAUAAAUGUUCACUGAGACUGGAUUUGACCUGGAAACCAGGGCAGAAAAACCAGGAUAACAAAAAAAAAACCACAACAAAAAUAUGCUGCUGCUGAAAGGACAGGAAGAAUAAAUCUACUUCACAUAAUUAACUGCAGGAAUUUAGAGAUCAAGCUUCUCUUUCUGAAUUUUUACUGCACCUUCCACUCCUAAGAGCUCAGGCUGUAAAUCUUCAGCUGUGUCUUUAAUGUCACUCAGAUAUCAAUAGUCUUGGAUUUAAUAUUAAGCACAAAUAGUGAUGUCUUAGUGGCCAGGACUAAGAGAAAAGCCCAAAUUCUUUUCAGCUUUUUACAAUAGGAGUUAAAAGCUGUCAGGCAGGUUCCUUGGGAAUUCUGACUGUGGCAGAUUGAAUAACCAGAUCCACACCUGGUGUAGCUGAGGAGCAGUGAAAUAUCUGAGAUAUGCUAUAAAAGAGCUCUGAAUGCCCUUUGGGAAUCCUUUUCUUUCUCUUUUAUUGUAAUUCC